UUUCAUAUUCUUCCCGAAUUUGUUGAUAUUUGGAUUAUGUUAUGUUUAACUUAGGUUACGUUUUUAUUUUUUUAGGAAAAUGAGGAGAAAAUCAGUUCGAAAAUUUCCUGGAGAGAAGAAAAAUGAUGAUGUUGCAGUAAAACUUAUAAAUGCUUCUGAAUUUGACACUGAAAUGGAGAAUGUAGGGAAGAAAAAUAAAAAGCUUCCUGUUAAGAAAUUGAAGAAAACAGUUCAAGUUCAACCAAAUGAAGAUGAUGAGCUUGAUGAUGAUGAGGAAGCUAGUGACAAGAAUUAUGAGCCCGAACAACAUGAUAUGCGUAUGGUUAUUUCCGGGGGUCAAUUGAAGAAGAACAAAGCAAUUAUUAAGAAGAUGGAUGCUCCAGUUAGCAACGAGAAUGAAUCUGUUGCUGCAAGGAUCAUGAAAGUACGUUGCAGACCUCAUUCGUUGGAGUUACUCAUAAAGGACCUUACUCCAAAGCAGAUUGAUGCUGUAAAAGACGUUGGAUUUGGUGGGAUUUUAGGUUUGAAGUUAACUGAGACAUGUAAGAUAAUGAUGCCAUGGUUAGUUGAAAGGUUUAAUGGUGCUAGUUUAAUGUUUAACAUUGGUGUUAAUAAAGAGUUUGUUGUUACUCGAUAUGAUGUGUAUGAUGUGUUUUGCUUGCCAAUGAAUGUGGGAAAUGAUGUGCCUGAGAUAGCUAUUGUUCGUGUGGGUGAAAACAUUGAUUCUCAAUUGAAAGAUGUAUGGAAGCAACAAUUUAAUGUUCAUGGUUAUGAUGGUAUUCCUCUUGGAAAGAUAGAGGCUAGGAUUCGAGAGUUAAUAGAUGGAGGUGAUGAAUUUAAAAAACUCUUUGUGAUGCAUGCCCUUUGUAGCUUUCUUACUCACCGCCAAUAG